UUGGGGGGCGGGGUCUGGGGGCUGAAGCGGCGUCCCUGGGUAGCCCAGUGGCCCACGUCAGAGAACACAAAGUCGCAGAAAGGAGCCCUAGUAUUUGUAUUUGAAUCCGGGCGUGGCCAACCAGACCUGGGCGACCUUGGUCCAGGGACUUCUCUCCGGGGUCUGUUUCAGCAAGGACGAGGUGUGGGGGCUGGAGCCCACGCUGAGCCCUACGAUCUCGGGGCCAGGCUGUUGUCGGACUGGGUUACCUGGUGCCCCUCGCCCCGGCGCGCACACACUUCCCCCCACCCCUCCUUCCCGGGGGCGGCCUAAGUCGAUGGGGAAUCGCGGCACGUGGAGGUCCCAAUAGCUGAAGCUGUAAAGAAUCCAACACACCAUGGAAGAAAGGGAAAAUGUGAGUCGCAUACCUGAAUACCGCCCCAUCCACCAAGAAGGUCAUCUUGGUGCUGGCGACAGCAACGUGUCACCUGAGGGGCCGAACGAAACUCUUCAACUGAAGAAAGAAAUCUCUUUGUUAAAUGGGGUUAGCCUUGUAAUAGGCAAUAUGAUUGGAUCAGGGAUCUUUGUGUCUCCAAAGGGGGUCCUGAUCCACAGUGCCUCCUAUGGGUUGUCACUUGUGGUGUGGGCCAUUGGGGGUGUCUUCUCUGUGAUUGGUGCCCUCUGUUAUGCAGAGCUGGGAACCACCAUCACCAAAUCUGGAGCCAGCUAUGCUUACAUUCUGGAAGCCUUUGGGGGCUUCAUCGCCUUUAUCCGCCUGUGGACCUCACUAUUAAUCAUUGAGCCCACCAGCCAGGCCAUCAUUGCCAUCACUUUUGCUAACUACAUUGUCCAGCCCGUGUUUCCCUCUUGCGAGCCACCAUACGUAGCUUCUCGUCUUCUCGCUGCUGCUUGUGUAUGUCUGCUGACAUUUGUGAACUGUGCAUAUGUGAAGUGGGGGACGCGUGUUCAGGAUGUGUUCACCUAUGCCAAGGUUCUUGCCCUUGUUGCUAUCAUCAUCACAGGCCUUGUAAAACUGUGCCAGGGACAUUCUGAGCACUUUCAGGAUGCGUUUGAAGGCACUUCCUGGGAUAUGGGACACCUCUCUCUCGCCCUGUAUUCUGCCCUCUUCUCAUACUCAGGUUGGGACACCCUUAAUUUUGUAACAGAGGAAAUCAAAAACCCAGAAAGGAACUUGCCUCUGGCUAUUGCGAUUUCUAUGCCUGUUGUGACACUCAUCUAUAUCCUGACCAACGUGGCCUACUACACAGUGUUGGAUAUGCAGGCUGUGCUGGGGAGCGACGCUGUGGCUGUGACAUUUGCUGACAAGGUCUUUGGCAUAUUUAGCUGGACGAUUCCUAUUGCUGUUGCCUUUUCCUGCUUUGGGGGCCUCAAUGCAUCGAUCUUUGCUUCAUCAAGGUUGUUCUUUGUGGGUUCCCGGGAAGGUCAUCUCCCCCAUCUCCUAUCCAUGAUUCACAUUGAGCGCUUCACACCUGUUCCUGCUUUGCUUUUCAAUUGCACCAUGACGAUCGUCUACCUCGUUGUGAAGGAUGUCUUCCUACUUAUCAACUACUUUAGCUUCAGUUACUGGUUCUUUGUGGGCUUGUCCGUCGUAGGGCAGCUCUACCUGCGGUUUAAGGAGCCAGAGAGGCCUAGGCCCCUGAAGCUGAGCCUGUUUUUCCCUAUUGUUUUCUGCGCGUGUUCUGUUUUCCUGUUGGUUGUACCGCUUUACAGUGACACUAUCAACUCCCUCAUUGGCAUUGCGAUUGCUUUUUCUGGGAUCCCAGUCUACUUUGUGGGUAUCUACUUGCCUGCAUCCAAGAAACCACUCUUCAUUGGGAAGAUUCUGGCUGCUGUCACUAAGGCCACACAGUUACUCUGCCACUGUGUCCUGACUGAGCUGGACUUAAGUGAAGACAGAAGAACUGACAGAAAAUCCAACUAGGGGUCAGAGGCUUCAGGAAGACCAGCUGGGUGUGGGUCGCCAAGGCCCAGGUGACUGUGUAUCUAGGAAAUAGGACGGCAGAACCUCUCCCACCUGGCAGUCCUCUUGUGGAGUGAACGCUCCAAACCCCUGUGUUGCUAUCUGACAGACUUAGGGGGGAGUCUGUGGAAUGACGGUAGAGGAAAAGAGUCAAUGUUGGGGACACCAUACUGGUUAAGAAACAAGUUUGACAGGAGGGGAGGGCAUGCUUUCGAGGAGAGAGAGACCAUUGAGUCUCAAGAGAGCAUAUGACCUUCUCCCCUUGGAGCAAGACAGUAAUAAGCUGGAGUCCUGCAGAAGAAAUGGGUCACAUCUUCCGUCUCCUAAGUCAGAAGUGUGGAUUUGGU